AUGCUUGGCAGCGCUGGGUGCGCUCCUGGCACCAUGAGCACAGCUGAGGACGCAGCGUGGCUGCGCUGGGUGACGGAGCGGUUCCAGAGCAUUGCAGGGCAGGGUGAGGAAAUCGGCCUGGAGGAGUUCAAGGCGGCCCUUCAGGUGAAGGAGUCCUUCUUUGCUGAGCGUUUCUUCGCGCUGUUUGACGUGGAUGGCAGCGGUACCAUCAGCCUGGGGGAGCUGCACAGUGCCCUCAGACUGCUGCUGCACGGCACUGCUGCCGACAAGCUGCGCUUCCUCUUCCAAGUCUACGACGUCGAUGAAUUCUCUCCAAUUCCCAAAAACCAAUGUGCUGGUGAAGGAGCGAUGGCAUCGCUGUGAGUGGGCACAGCCGUCCCUUCAGGCAGGAGGGGCGGCUCCAUCGACGCAGCUGAGCUGCUCCUGGUGCUGCAGGCCUGCCUGCGUGAGAGCGAGAUCUCACUGCCACCACAGCGCCUGCACGACAUGGCCAGGGCGCUGCUCGAGGCGGCCGACAGGGAUGGCAACGGCUCCAUCACCUUCCAGGAGCUGCAGCAGCAGCUGGAGGCCUUCCCAGGGCUGAUGGAGAGCCUGACCAUCAGCGCUGCCAGCUGGCUGAAGCCCCCAGCACCGACACGGCAGAGCCGGCGGCCGCGCUGCCUGACUUCGUGGUACUGGCACAACCGCCGCGGCCAGCUCGCCUUCCUGGGGGGCUACGUCAGCCUCAACCUGCUGCUCUUCAUCCUGGCUGCCCUGCAGCACGUCGGCCGCAGCGGGUGGGUGGUGGUGGCCAGAGGCUGCGGGCAGUGCCUCAACUUCAGCUGCGCCUUCAUCGCUGUGCCGAUGCUGCGGCGGUGCCUGACCCGGCUGCGUGCCACCCCCGCGGGCAGAGCGCUGCCGCUCGAGCACUGCGUGAGCCUCCAUCAGCUGCUGGGGAGCGCCGUGCUGGCGCUGGCAGUGCUGCACACCGGAGCGCACGUGGCCAACUUCGGCAGGCUGGCACAGGCUGGGCACGGCGCCCUCUCCGAGUUCCUGCUGACGGCUCGUCCCGGUGGGGGGGGGCUCGGUGGCACAGCCCCACAGACCGGGUUGGCCCUGCAGGUGCUGCUGUUUGCCAUGCUCACCUUCUCCAGCCCCUGCGUCCGCCGUGGUGGACACUUCGAGCUUUUCUACUGGAGCCACCUCUCCUACAUCACUGUCUGGGCUCUGCUCUUCUUCCAUGCUCCCAACUUCUGGAAGUGGUUUUUGGUUCCUGGGGGCCUCUUUGUGCUGGAGAAGGCAGUGGGCAUGGCCGUGUCUCGUGCCAUGGGGCUGCGCAUCGUGGAGGUCCACCUGCUGCCUUCCCAGGUCACCCACCUGGUGAUCCAGCGGCCGCGCUCCUUCCGCUACGAGCCUGGGGACUACAUCUACCUGAACAUCCCAGCCAUUGCUGCUUAUGAAUGGCACCCAUUCAGCAUCAGCAGUGCUCCUGAGCAGCAAGACACCAUCUGGCUGCACAUCCGCUCUCUGGGGCAGUGGACAACGCGGCUCUAUGAGUUCUUCAGGCAGGCUGAGCCCCUGCAGCUCCACGGGAACCUGGAAAGGAAGAGGUGGUGGCAGUGGGUGCAGGUGGGUAAGGUUCCUGUGGAGCUGGGUGAGAACCAGCAGCUCUGCAGCAUCAAGUGCUACAUUGAUGGCCCCUACGGGACCCCAACUCGCCGGAUCUUCACCUCAGAGCAUGCUGUGCUCAUCGGUGCUGGCAUUGGCAUCACACCCUUUGCUUCCAUCCUGCAGAGCAUCAUGUACCGUCAGAGGAAGCAGAGCUGCCCAGGACGUGAGACUCUGUGGGAUGAGGACAUGGCACUCAGAAAGGUUGACUUCAUCUGGAUUAACCGGGACCAGCAGCACUUUGAGUGGUUCCUUGACCUGCUGGCUGCGCUGGAGCUGCAGCAGGAGGAGCAGGAGCCGGGAGGGCGCUUCCUGGAGCUGCACCUGUACAUGACAUCAGCGCUGGGCAGGAGUGAUGUGAAGGCUGUGGGGCUGCAGCUGGCCCUGGACCUGCUGGCCGCCAAGGAGCAGAAGGACUCCAUCACGGGGCUGCGCACCCGCACGCAGCCCGGCCGCCCUGACUGGAGCCAGGUGCUGGGCAGGGUGGCAGAGGAGAGGAAGGGCAAGGUGCAUGUGUUCUUCUGUGGCUCGCCAGCAUUGGCCAAAGUGGUCAGAGCGCACUGCGAGCGUUUCGGCUUCCGCUUCUUCAAGGAGAACUUCUAAAGACCAUCACCAUCCUCGCUGCAGGGUGACCCUUCCCAACCCGCUGGGAAGGGGCUGAGCUCGGGGCUGAUGGCACUGCUGUGAUGCGUGGCAUCUCCUGUGCCUUGGUCCUGCAGUGCACAGUGCACUCCCCGUCACAGUGGGGAGAUGGGGAGGGUAGGAGGGGUGACACAGGUGAGAGAAUGGGGUCCUGCAGUCCUCUGCAUGGGUCUGUAGGGGUUGUGUGUGGGGUAUGGAGCAUUAGGGGACAGAAGGCGUGGGUGUCCUGGAGCAUCCUUGUGGGGUCUUGGGGGGCAAGGAGUGGUUUCCUAGAGCAUUUGGGGAUGGAUGGAUGUGCUGCGGGUGGAGGAGCGGUGCCACAUGAGGGCACUGCAGCUCCGGUAAAGUGAAUGGACAUCUCCCGGUCUGGGCUGCGAGCAGCGGGGAAACCGGGGGGGCUCAGCCCGCCGCCCCCAGGAACCCCAGUCCUGCUGCUGUUUGCACUUUGGGUGGAAAAAAAGAGAUUUCGGGGCUGUCCAGGGGGCCCAGAGCAGCAAAUCUGACCAUUCCAAGCCAUGGCCAAGGAAAUCACAACUGAUGCUGGCAACCAGGAUGCUUCCCAGUCCUGCAUCCCAUCCAUCCCAGUGAGGGGCUGAUGGUAAUUGGGAUAACAUCGUAUCCAUCGUGUUGUGGUCCUUUUAGAGCUGUCUUCCAUGCUGAGCCUAAAAUACACCCAAAUCUCCAUCGAUGCACAACUGGAUGGCAUUGCGAGUGGAAGCUUCCUGCAUAUGCACGUGUGCUUCUUUUGCAAUUGUGUUUAGGGGCUUGCUGGGAUGGAUUUGAGGGGCAGGGGGUGGAGCUGACAGCAUCCUUUGGGGUGUGCAUGGCCCCUGGCCAGCAGGGCCACACACACCCCAGAACUGAUGCUUGCAAGUGAUGCUGAGCCCAUAGUUUGGGAUGUUCCCCAAAUCCAGAGCCCAGAAUCUGCACCAGAAAAGCAACAGGAGGCUCUGGAUAGGGCUGGAGGUGGGCUAAUCACAUCUCUCUCUGAUUAAUGCCUUCCCUUGGCUGCCUUCAUUACAACAAUUACGCUCCGGCUGUAGCGUAGCAACCACUAAUUGUUGGUUGGAUGCAAAAAAAAAAAACAAAAAACCCAACAACAAAAACAACAACAACAAAAAAACCCAACAACAUCAUUCCAAAGAUUCAAUUCUUUUAUUGAGAUGUCAUUGCCUUCAUCUCACAGCAGCGGAUGCUCCAGAGACGCUGAGGCGCCGGCUCCAUUGCAGGCAAUGGGGGAUGUCCAUUGGGCUCUGCCUUGGAGCAGGGAACAGGAUUUCUCAGCAGCCACGGCAUUCCAUCGCCAAGCAGCCCUGGUACAUAGAUAUUAUUCACUUAAGUAAUCAAUCACUGCCAACAAAUUACAGGAUACGGGGAAUGAAAUUAGCAAAAUGAGCUAUGGAUGUAAAAUUCAUUUGAAAUUCAAUUUAGGAGCAACAUUAGCUUUCAAUUAGUCUGCCCAACUGUUUGAGCAUCGUUUUGUCUAUCAGAUUUUUGUAUAAAUGCAAUUAACCUUUGCUGUUAAAUUGUUGUUGAUUUCAUUGAUAUAACUAUUAGGCAGCUCCUAAUAUUUGCUUUGGAUAACAUCUCGUUAGCUGGUGGCUUCUAAUUAGGGGCCGGUGGCCAUUUGUGGAUGCUUUGUUUCAUCUCCUGGUGGGGCGGGGAUGGGGUCAUGUUGUGGGCCAGGGUGUCACACAGCUGCACAGGGGCUGCAGCCUUCAUCCCAAGCCAAGGCACGGGCAAGAGGAAGCAGAGGCUCAAAGCACAGGGAGAAGGUUUGGUUGGGGGUUGGGGCAGCAGCUUCCUGGUGGUGGGCAUCUCUGGGGUGCAGCUGGAGGGGCUGGUGGCAGCGUGAUCCCAGUCACUUCCACUGGGAGGUGGUGGUGGUGAUGUAAAUGACGACGAUGAUGAUAGUUUUGG